CCCCCUUUCAUUACAAACCAUUCGUGUGCUGUGCCUGUGCCUCUGUGAAUAUACAUACAUACAUACAUACAUAUUACACAUAUAUAUAUAGCUUGCUAUCAUCCUUGGGAGUUCUUGCCCACUUCAAGUUCAACCUCAAACAAACCCUACCCUACCCUACUGCUCUAAUCUAAUUACGUUUUUAUUCAGAGUUACGUUGCCUCCAAUCCAGCUUUUUCUGUCGCAAGAAUUUUGGUUUCUGUUUCUCCAUCUAUCCAUCUAUAUUCUCUUAUUUGAAGAAUGAAGAGUGAUCAUCUCCAUUAGCUGACAGCUUUUUGUUCAUCCCAUCAUCCAGGCUGCAUAAUUAUUCCCAAACUUGCAAAAUGGCAAAGGAAGGGUUCGGAAUGUUUCUGCUGGGGUUUCUAUUCAUCGUCUUCCCCACGUGCAAAGGGUUUGAUCAGCUCCAGCUGCUCCUCUCCAUGAAAGCUUCCAUAAUCGACCACUCUCACUCCCUCGUCACCUGGAAUAGUAAUUCCUCACUCUCCUUCUGCCAUUGGAGUGGAAUCACCUGCUUCGAUUCCUCCCACGUUUCUAAAAUCCAGCUCCCUGGAAAGAACUUAUCCGGAACGAUUCCAGGCUCCAUUUUCCGGCUGCCCUAUAUCCAGGUCAUCGAUUUAUCCGGCAACCACUUUUCCGGCGAAAUUCCACCGGGAUUCUCUUCCUGCUUCUCCCUCAGACAUCUCAACCUGAGCGGCAAUAACCUGACAGGGCCGAUUCCUAGCGCCCGCAUAACAGUUCUUGAAACGCUCGAUUUGUCCAAUAAUAUGCUGUCGGGACAGAUUCCAGGCGACAUUGGCUUGCUUUCAGGUCUCAAAGUCGUCGAUUUUGGUGGGAAUGUCUUGUCGGGAAAUCUUCCAGACUCUCUGACAAACAUCACGAUGUUGGAGUUCUUGACUUUGGCAUCAAACCAACUGACAGGCGAAAUUCCAGCGAAAUUAGGGCUCAUGAAAAAGCUUAAAUGGAUAUAUCUUGGAUACAACAACUUUUCAGGCCCCAUUCCAGACGAAAUCGGCGAGCUACCAUCUUUGAAUCAUCUCGAUCUUGUUUACAACAAUCUGACAGGCCAAAUCCCUCAAUCUUUAGGCAAUCUCACUAAUCUCCAACACCUCUUCCUCUACUUCAACAAGCUUACAGGCACAAUUCCGACCUCCAUUUUCAGUCUCAAGAAAUUACUGUCCCUCGAUUUAAGUGACAAUUCCCUGUCGGGAGAGAUUCCUGAGCUUCUGGUGCACCUGGAGAAGUUGGAAAUCCUCCAUUUAUUCUCCAACAACUUUUCAGGAAAGAUUCCCAAAGCUGUGUCGUCCUUGCCUCACCUCCAAGUCCUCCAGCUAUGGUCGAAUCGAUUUUCCGGCGAAAUCCCGGCAGAUCUCGGCAGGUACAAUAACCUCACUGUCUUGGAUCUUUCCACCAAUAAUCUAACUGGAAAAAUUCCAGAAAGUGUCUGUGCAUCAGGGCAUCUGCUCAAGCUUAUCCUCUUCUCCAAUUCUCUCCAAGGCGAAAUUCCGAGGAGUUUAAGCCUUUGCAAGAACUUACAGCGUGUUCGAAUUCAGAAAAAUCGAAUCUCCGGCGAAUUAAAUUCUUUCACAUCUCUUCCGGCGGUUUACUUUCUUGAUGUCUCGAGCAACAGUCUGUCCGGGAGGAUCGAUCACCUGGAAUGGAAUAUGCCGCAGCUUCAGAUGUUAAGCUUGGCAAAAAACGAGUUCUUCGGGCCAUUGCCGGGUUCCUUUGGCAGCUCGAAGCUCGAAAACUUGGACAUGUCGGGGAACAAAUUCUCCGGCAGCAUUCCGGAAAGCUUCGGAGAAUUCUCGCAGCUGAUGGAACUUAAAUUAAGUGGAAAUCAACUCUCAGGUCGAAUUCCGGACCAGUUAUCUUCCUGCAAGAAGCUUGUGAGUUUGGACCUCGAUCACAAUCAUCUGAGUGGAGAAAUACCCUCAAGCUUAGCUGCCAUGCCUGUUCUCGGACAGCUUGAUUUGUCUGUCAACGAAUUGACAGGAAAAAUUCCAUCGGAAUUAGGGGAUGUUCAGUCGCUUGUUCAGGUCAACCUUUCCCACAACCAUUUCCAUGGCAGCUUGCCUUCGACAGGGGCAUUUAUGGCAAUCAACUCCAGCUCGGUGGCUGGUAAUAAAAACCUCUGUGGAGGACACAAAACAAGCGGCUUGCCGUCGUGCAACCACGAUAGAGCCAACCACAUUCGAUGGUUUGUUCUAACCUUUCUUCUUGCCUUUAUUACAAUGUUUGCAGCGGUUGUUUUCAUCGCAAUUUUCAUUAAGCAAAGGAAGUUCAGUUCCGAUUUGAAAAGAGUGGAAAGCGAAGAUGGAAUUUGGGAAUUGCAGUUUGCAGAUAAUAAGGUUGCAAGAUCGAUAACAAUCGAGGAUAUAAUAUUGUCGGCAAGAAGACAAGAAAAUGUGGUGGCGAGUGGAAGAACUGGUCUGUCUUACAAAGGGGAAUCCAGCUUCGAUCGAAAGCCCUUCCUGGUUAAAGAAAUUACUGCAGUAAUUUCGUCGACCUGUUGGUUCGAAUGGACUCAGAUUUGCAAGAUUAAUCAUCCAAAUGUUGUCAGGCUGCUGGCAGUUUGCAGGUCGUCGGAAGAGGCUGGAUUGAUUUUGGUCCACGAAUAUAUAAAAGGAAAAGAUUUGAGUGAAGUGAUAUCCAGGCUAAAUUGGGAACAUCGAAUUUCUGUAGCUCUUGGGAUUUCGAAAGCCCUGAAGUAUUUACAUUCUUCCUGCUCACCUGGAAUCGUUGUCGGAGAAAUUACACCCAAAAAGGUGUUGGUGGACGACAAAAAUGAAGCCCACUUGAGGUUAAGUCCGCCAUGGAUGAUUAAUCAUUUUUCUUCAGACAGCACCAAAAAGGCUUUCGGUAAUAAUAAUAUUGCCUCGGCUUACGCUGCUCCAGAAGCCAAAGGAUCAAAAGAGUUGUCAGAAAAGAGCGACAUUUACGCAUUCGGGGUUCUUCUGAUUGAGCUUCUGACAGGGAAGACUCCGGCGGACAUGGAGCUCGGCGGCGGCCAUGGAAGCUGCAUCGUCGAGUGGGCUCGGUAUUGCUACUCGGACUGCCAUCUGCAAGUGUGGGUCGAUGCUUCAAUCCUUAAGAACGUUUUUAACGAUGAGGCUUUACAGAUUAAUGUUAAUAAUCAGAUUGUGGAGACCAUGAGCGUCGCCCUGCGUUGCACCGCCGGCGAUCCGGCGGCGAGGCCGACGGCGGCGCACGUGAUGAAGGAUUUGGAAUCGGUGGCCAGAUCGAGGUCGUCGUCAUCGCCGUCGUCCUUGUGUUUCGUUAAGGUUUAAUUAUUAAUUAAUUAGGUAUUUAAUUGAUUUCGAUGUUGAUCUUUAUAUAUAUAUAUAGUGUGUAAUGUUAAUUAAUUAGGGUUUUCUUUAACCUAGCUAGUUUAAUGUUGUCUUCGAGUGUUUUUUGGUUUUUGGCCUGAAUGCUUAUAUAUAUAUAUAUAUAUCUAUAUAUAGUUAAAUUAAAGUGCUUUUUCCCCCUUUUUAAAUUUGGCUGUUGAAUCUUGAUUGUGAUGAUGAUAAGGUUUUGUAAUAAUGGCAUGCAUGCAUGCAUGCAUGCUGCUGAGUGUAUAACUGUAGAUUGGAUUAAUCAAUGAAUUAAGUUCC